AUGUUUGUUGCUCGAACCGCCGUCACGGCCGCCCGCCGCGCCGCCUUCGUCGCGCCCGUUGUCCGCAGGGGCUUCACCACCACGAUGCUUCGUCGUGAUGCCGGGAAGAAGGUUACCGCCUACAAGUCGCUGAACGAGGUCAAGGAGGCUAGCGACCUUAUCGGACCCGGUGCCGCCGCUGGCACCGUCCCCACGGAUCUCGAGCAGGCGACCGGUCUUGAGCGCUUGGAGCUGCUCGGCAAGAUCGAGGGUGUCGACGUCUUCGACAUGAAGCCCCUCGACUCUUCCCGACGAGGCACCAUGGAGAACCCUAUUAUCGUCAAGUCCGCUGGUGAGGAGCAGUACGUCGGUUGCACCGGUUCUCCCGCUGACUCUCACGUCGUCGUCUGGCUCGGCAUGUCCCGUGAUCGCCCCAUCGAGAGGUGCCCCGAGUGCGGAAGCGUGUACAAGAUGCUGUACAUCGGUCCCGAGGACGACCACCACCAUCAGCACCACGGUCCCGAGGAGCCCAAGACGCUGGCUGACUACGUCAAGCCCGAGUACUACUACACGUAA